AAUUUUGCAACAUUACGGUUGACCUCGAACAAAAAAAAAAAAAAAAAACCAAAAACAACAACAACGAUUACCAUCGGUUAUUUGUGAAUAAAUACGUACGCAGUGAUCACGUCGGAAACACAGUAUCGUGUUUACGUCCGAAACGCGGUACUACGAUGAUGUUCGUCGCAUUCGUCGUGCUGUUCGAAGCGGUGUCAUUGGCGUCUGCGUCAACCACGACGCCGUACACGCUGAUCGGCAGGAACUCGGUCACGGUUACAGAAUCCCAGGCGACGUGCAAGAACGGCGUGUCCACUACGGUGACGACGGCGGUGAAGGGCGAACUGUACGUGCUCAAUCCGCCCGGGACCAGGACGGAUUUCACGGGAAACCAAUGGAAAAACCGGAUGACAUUGCUGGACAGAGAACCGGACGACGAACAAGGGCACGUGGUAGCAUCCGUGUUCGGAGGUCCCAUCGCACAGUGGAACCUAGUACCCCAGCACCGGAGCGUCAACCGGAAGAUCAAAGUGCAGAGUGACUUGCUCAACCGCUGGGACGAGUUUGAGAAGUGGGGCCGCGUAGAACUGGCUAAAAUAGGCGGCGCUCCGGUCAAAUUCAACAUGAUCAUCAAGUACGCGCCUGCCAACGGCUGCCGACCAAUCGGGUUCGUUAUCCAUGGCACCAGCCCGAAGAGUUCCGGUUUCGACGCGGAAUUCGUCAAUGGGCCGAAUGGAACGUUCGCCGCCUCUAGCGUGCCGUCAAAACGUCAAAAGAAAACUUAACUCAACCUCCGGGCUACAUUACACAUGACUUAUAGUAAGUACUAUAUACAGAAUAGACAAAAUAGACAAUAAAACAUCUAACGAGAAAAUAAAAACAAAGUAACUGAGGAUAGAGAGAGAUAUAAAAUUUAGAAAAAAAAAAAAUAUUUUGUUUUUCUACACGCCACAAUGGCCUGUUAUCUGAUUAAUUUAACUUGUCGAUUCGAAAACCAUAUCAACGACUGUUAUAUGGUUCGUACAGACUUUUAAUCGCAAAAUGUUCACCCCCCCUCCCCCCAGAUACGUCACAAAAACCAUUUGAAAAUCUGCGUGACGCCGCAUCAACACCCGCAAUUGUAAAACGAAUUUCACAGGAUCCAAACCCAAGAGCGUGACCAAAUGAAAAGUUUGCGAUUACAAAUCUGUAAAACAGUAUAGCAAUCGUUGGGAAUGGUUUUGCCGACUCAAAAUACGUAAUAUCAUAUUCGCUUAAACAAGCGACAAAAAACAGAGAUUUGAUUUUCAAACCACGCGGCCGAAGCGAGCGAAUUUAUUUGUUCGCUCGAGCCGCUCUUAUCGCGUAGUACGAUAGACAACCAAUUUAUUUUCACACCGAAAGUCAAGUAUUAAAGGAACGAUCAACCAAUUCCUAAAUUAAAACAUUAAAUCGACAUAAAAUAUAAUCCGCUUGUUUAAUAUUACUACGUUUAGAUUCUGAGUAUAAAAAAGAAUAUAUUGGUUUUAUAAAAGAUAUUUAUUUAUUUUUUAUACUGUGUACAAAAAUUCUACCAGAAAUGAUCUUGCUCCGACGAAUACGAUGUAGACCCUUUUCUAAAAGAAAAUUUUCUUGGAGUCGUCUUUUUUUUUAUUUUCUCGGAAAUUUUCCCAAUAAAAAGGAAAAGUGAGAAAAAAACGUAAGCAAAACGGGAAAUGUCCGUCUUUUUGUUAUUGUUGAUACGUUUAAUGUAUUAAAAACUGCUUUAAAAGUUGAAUAUUAUAAUAAUUGCUAAUAAUGAAAAUAUAAUUUUUAAUUGUUACGUUCCUUUAAUAUACUAGACCCUCGACACGUUUGAAUAAUAAUCACUCGCACCGCACCCAUCGAUAUGGAUAGGCUAUUCAUACCUUAUCAGUGUCUCAAGAGGGACGGGUACAGUGACUCCAAGUUUCGUUGCAUAAUACCACUGACUAAAUAAUUCAAUAUGUUCCUUUUUUGAAGUAGUCAAUAUAUUUAGUUAAAGGAUAUUAUUUUGUGCUGAUGUAUUUACUUAUUUUAUGUUACUAGUGAAUCAGUACAAAGUUUUAGAUUCUGAAUGGCGUGAAGAAACUUAUGGUUUUACAAAGACGAAUGUAUAUAGUGUAUAUUGUAUACAUUUCUAAUUUGCAAAUAUUAAAUUAGCGAUAGUAGCAUAAUAUGUAGGUUGUUGGCUCAAUUUUCUGUGAACCAAAAUUGUAUGUAACAAAAUAGUUAAAUCUUCCAUUUUAUGAAAUAUCUUUUUUCGGGAAGGGUGGGGUUAGGGGUGGCUGAAAUAUGUUGUCUCGGCACGCAAGAUUUCCAAAUACGACCUUGGGUCUAUCCAUUCCUUUAUUAUCUAUGGCUGCACCGCGUUAUCUUUUCUACGCACGAUGCGUAGUAGUCAUUAUAGUAGGUACUUGUAUUAUACUAAGUACUUGUCACUCGCACCAACGCUUCCCGUGUGAACAGUAAAAAUAGUGCGAGUGGAAGUGGCAAGUGCGAGCGAAUAGAACCGAGUUAUAUUAACUAGGUUAUUAUUUAUUAUAUUUCAUAUUAACAACCUUUAAACCACAUUCGAAAUAUUGUACUGUAUUUAGAAAAGAAAAAAAACACACACAAAUUAAUACAAAUCAAUCUGGGUGACAAAAUUGAACGAAAACGUAAAUCCUCGUUCACCGUAACAGUAUUGCAAAUAAUUGUAUUAAUUACAUCGUACGGCUUUUGCGACGCGCAUAUUAUUAUUAUCAAUUGUACUCAAAAACAAACUCGCGCCAGUUUUUAACGGUCUUGUCGUUCCACACGUACUGGCCUUUGACUCGUUGUUCGCCUUCCGGUAACAAAGCCAGGUAAACCAAAGCUUCGGCCCCUUGGUCAAUGCUCAACGGGAUCCCCAUCCCCACCAUAUGACUGGUCAUGUCCGUGUCCACGUAACCCGGAUGAACGCUAUUCACUACGAUGUCUUUUCUGCGCGGAUCAACGUCGAAUUCCUUUUGUUGGAUUAUGGUCAGAGCGCUCACAGCUACUUUGGAUACCACGUACGCCGACGACGGCCAUCCGGAUUGUUCGUGAUUUACCGCGGCAGCCGAGUUCACGAACCGCUCGACCAAACCGUCCAGCUGUUCGACCGUCAAGUCCGGCGAUGAGAACUCUGCUCUUAAACCGUCACCGGGUAUUCUGGACAACAAACCGGCACAACUGGAUACGUUCACGACGCGGGCGCCCGGCAGCAGUAACGGAAACAGCGCGUCGCACACUCUUCUCAGCGCGAAGUAAUUGACUCUGGAAGUCUCUGCGGCCUGCUCGGCAAACGAUACCGCGGAAUCUUCCCUGUACCUAAUUGCCGCGUUGUUUACCAGAACGUUGAUGCCCGCGUAGUUCUUCUCGACGAAACGUUUGAACUCGGCCACGCUACCGUCGUCCGUCACGUCCAGUUGAUGGAACUUGGGCUUCAGGCCGAGCACGUUCAGAGUUUGCACUGCCUUCUCGCCCCUGCUCACGUCGCGGGCCGUCAGGUACACGUCGCCGUCGAACUGGUCGCAAAGGGCUUUCACCACGGCGUACCCAAUGCCUUUGUUGCUGCCGGUAACUAUCGCCAAUUUCGCACUACACAUCGCGGAAAAAAACGUUUACGAAAUGUAUUUCGUUCCGACGCUGAUAAAACGAUAACUAUUUUAUGAUAACGCAAAGGCCGAAAAUAUGGAUUCGUAUUUGUAUGAUGCCACGGUCGGACAACGAACGAUAUUAGAUAAUGCGAUUUUAUGCAGCAACAGCUGCGUCUGCCACUGUGGUAUACCAAAAUAUUCGUGGCGGUGUCGAGAGCUAAGCAGGAAGUAAGCGGUGGGGAUGGCGAUUACCGAUUCCGUCUCCCUCCACUCGCAAUCAGAUCUACACGACCUGCUACAACGUUACUAGUUUGCAAUAAGUUCGUCGGCCAGGUAAAAAACGUAUUUACGCAAUCAAUGUUGGAUAACAUGCAGUCAUUGGAUUUACAGUCGUGGGAUUGAAGGAACAAAAAAAAUGUAUAACCCAUGGUAUUACAUUAAAAUAAAUAUAUAUAUAUAUGGGUGGUAAUACGGGUGUCUCACUGUAUUCUACGAAAUUUUACAUACUGCAGUAUGCAUUUUUAUAUGACAUUAAAUAAAGAUAAAAUUAAAAAAGGCGGACAUAUUUCACACGAUGGGUGAGCCACUGUUGUAGGUGAAAAGUUGAGAAGAUAGAUGGAUAUAGAGGGGAAUUUAAUUUUAUAUCUGUACGCAACGAUUAAUAUUUACUAACGAAAAACGAUUCUGAGUGGAGUUCGGUUAUACAUGUUUAAAAAGUCGUAAUAUUAAAGAUUUUCGUCAAAAUUUAAUAUUAAAAUUUUGUAUAAAAAAAAUUUACAUUACUUAAUUAUUUUUUUUUAACCGCAGAGUCAGACUUAUAAUAAAUCUCCUGUUAAAUUUUCAAACAUUUCUAUUAUUGUGUCUAACAUUUUUAUCCACGGAGUACCUACCAAAAAAAAAAUUACGUUAAAUCUCGCAAAAUUAAAAUAUCUAUAAACAGCUCGAAAAUAGCUCAUAUAUUUUGAAAAUUUUACCACAUCUAUAAAAGAAUAAUAUAAAUUUGUCAAAAUUUCAGGUGUCAAUGAAUAUUUUUAUCUGAAUUAUAUAAAAUAAAAAAAUUGAAAAUGAUAAAAGCAUUAUUUUAUUUCUGGUAGAAAAUAUCGUGUUGACAAAAUUAAAUACAAUGAAAAUGGUAACACCAUGCCUUAAAUAUUUCCCGUUUUAUGUAUAAUUUUCUUUCCUGUUUUUUUCCAAUCCAAAAUCCAAAAUCAAAAAACAACCUUUUUAAUAUACCAACUAGACAAAAUUUCCUUUCGGAAAAGAUACUGUACUCUAUACAUCGGAAUAGGAUUUCUUUUCGGAAAGUUUUUUUACAGACAAAAAAAAUAAAAAAAUAAAAGAAGCACGCAUUAUAGUAAAACCAAUUGAUCCAUCUCUAUGCUCAGAGUCUAAAACGUAUUGAUUAAGUACCUGCAGACUACUAUUAGGUAAACGUGCGCAAACAAGCCGUAAAAAAAAUUAUUGUAUACGGAAAAGAGUUGUAUCCACAAUUUAAUGUUUUAUUACCAAUAUAAUAGUCAAAUUAUUAUUUAAUGUAGGUAUUCACUAAUCACUAUCUUAUGGUGAUGAUUUUAUAAACUUUUUCGAAAAUCAACAAAUCUCUAUUGAUUAAAGGCCAAUAAACAAUAUUGUACUUAAUUUAAUUGCCAAAAAUUACAAUGUCAGCUCCAAAUUUGAAUCAUUCCAAAAAGAAAUUUACUAAAAAGAUUUACUUUGUGCAGGUAUAUUAAAGUGAUUUCCACCGGAUAAUGCAAUCUACUUAAGAUACAAGAUAAAUUGGGUACCAGUGGUUUAUAUCAUUCUAUGCAAGUAACAUUUCCGAUUUAUCCAAUCGUCAGGUUUUGAACAUUGAGUUCACUUAUGUAAUAAAAAUUAUGAUAUACAAGAAAAAAUUUAUGUACCUACCUAAUAUUUGCUAAAAGAAAAUUAAAAUUUACACAAGUUAUAAAUCUAGUAUUAGUUGACAAUAAUCAAUAAUUAUUAUAAAUUUGAUUUCACUUUAUUUACAGUUGUAUCAGCCACAAAUAAUUAUUCAAAAGCGGAUAUAAUCUAAGAGGAAACUAUGAGCAAUCACAACGUUUUUGUAUUGUAUGCUAUAAUUUGGUAUUGCACAAAUAAUGAAACUACAAGAAAUCGGUGUAAUAUUACUAGAAUCCACAAUAUAUUUUCAGAGAUCAAAACAGUAUUUCUUUUUGCAUACUCACAGUUUUAUUGAACUUUUACUAAAUGUCGAUACAGUUUGCUUAAUAAAAUCAGUUAGGUAUUAGCCAAAAAAAUAUAACACAUAGUUAGAUAUUGACAAGUAGAUCUUUACCAUGUUAGCUCUAUAAAGAUUAAUAUUAGUAAUGAAUAUAAAUAUUAUGUUACCUACUCUAAUACAAUUGUUAAAAAUUCUCAUUUUUUUUUUGUUUUUUUUUUAAUGUACAUAAAUACCAAACAAAAUAAAUAAAAACAUACAGUAAGACUAAUAGUCAAUAAUAUAGACAAUAAAAUACACAUUGAUUAAUACUGGACAAAUAUUUUAUUUUUCAACAUUUAAAACACGGCAAGAAACAAUUUUAUUAAAUAUUAAAAAAUUAUGGAUAAAAUAUACAACACGAACAUAAAUUUUGUUUUAACAUUUUGUAUACAGUUGCAAUACCAUAGACGUAACAACUUUAGUGAGUACAUUUAUUAUUAUGUAAAGAAACCAAUAUGAUGUUAACAACAUUGCAACAGGUGUUUGUUAAUUUCUUCUAGUGGAAAACUAAUGAUCUAACGUAUUCCUCUACACUUGUAACCAAAAACUGGUUUCCUAUUUAAAUGUAAACUAAAAAUGUAUACUAAACUACUGAAUAAUACGUAAAGACUGUAUGCAGUUGUAUAUUGGAAAUAAGGCACUACAGUAAAGUGUUUGAAAUACAAAUCAACUGUGCAUAAAGUAAAUAUAAACAUAAAAAAUUACUCGAAAAUAUUGUACUUAAUAAGAGAAAUGUUAAAUACUGAUAAAAAUCAGCUUAUUAAUUUCUGUAUCAAUUAUUGAUUAUUAUGUUUUUCCCUUGUAGGAAUAAAUAAUAAUACCUGCAUAACAAGUGAGUACACUUGAGCAUGUUUUGUUUUUUUAUAACUUGUAAAAGUCUUUAACGGUCUUAUCAUUCCAGACAUACUGGCCUUUGACAUUUUGUUCACCUUCCGGUAAUAAUGCUAGGUAAACCGGAGCUUCGGCACCUUCUUCAAUAGUUAAUGGACCUUUAUGGCUGCUCAUGUCCGUGGCCACGUAACCCGGAUGAACGCUGUUCACUAUGAUGUCUUUUCUGUAGGGGUCAACGUCGAAUUUUUUUUGCUGGAUUAUGGUCAGCACGUUCACAGCUACUUUCGAUAGCGCGUACGCCGAUGACGGCCAUCCCAGACUUCUGUGAAUACCGUGGGAAGCCGAUUCAACGAACAGAUUGACCAAACCGUCCAGCUCUCUAAUUUUCAAAUUCGAAGAUGAAAAUUUGGCUCUUAUUCGAUCGCCGGGAAUACUGGACAAGAGUCCGGCGGAGCUCGAUACGUUCACAACGCGGGCGCCCGGCAACAGUAAUGGAAAUAACGCAUGGCAAACUCUUCUCACCCCGAAGUAAUUGACUUUGCAAGUUUUAGUUGCCUGCAAGGCAAACGGUUCCUCGGAAUUUACUUUGAACGCUAUAGCCGCGUUGUUCACCAAGACGUUGAUGCCCGCGUAGUUCUUCUCGACGAAACGUUUGAACUCGGCCACGCUAUCGUCCUUCGUCACGUCCAGUUGAUGGAACUUGGGCUUCAGGCCGAGCGCGUUCAGCGUUUGCACUGCCUUCUCGCCCCUGCUCACGUCGCGGGCCGUCAGGUACACGUCGCCGUCGAAUUUUUCACAAAGGGCUUUCACUAUAGCGUACCCUAUGCCUUUGUUACUGCCGGUGACUAUCGCAAGUUUGGUUGACAUUUCGUAAAACUAUAAAAUAUUAUAGCGAAAUUGUCACAAAUUUCUUCAAACAAUUUCGUUACGGUCCGAUUUAUAAUGCGGUGUUGAGAACGCUCUUGAAAAGUCACGUUAAUAUUCGAAACGGGCUACAAAAGUACAAACACAAACAGAUAGUUACGAUUAUUUUGAUUCGCGAGCGAUAUGGUCUUACGUGAUUCUAGAUAAUAAUAGAUAAGCCAGUUUAACAAGCGGAUGUUUUUAUCUAUUUAUGGUUCAACCGCAGAAUAGAUUAAACUAAGGUUAAUAACAAUAACACGGUCUUAGAAGAGUGGACGAAUUCCUACAUUCCCGUCUAUUUAAUUCUUUUUAACGGGAAAAAUAACGUUCCUAUCCAAUAUUCAUAAUGCGGCAAAAGCACUGCCAUUCUGAGGUUCUAAAUGUUCGAAUAGUAAACACCGAACAGCCCGCUUAAAACAAGAAUUCAUUUAAACUAACGAAAUUAGUUUAUUAUAUUAUAAAAUGAUUGUUUUAUUUAUAUUAAUAAAAUCCAUAAUUCUAACAUAAGUUGAUACAAACAUUACAAACUGCGUAAUGUUAUUUGUCUAGUGUACUUGUCUAUGCUAUCUAGUGGCAAAUAGAGUUGUCAACUGUCCUACGUUUGUUUCAUUUAUCCUACAUCCAACAACGCUUUCAAGCUUUAUGUAGAACAAUUUUACAUUUCAAAUGUCAAUAUACAGACGAUAACUUAUAUACCUACUAUAGUAUAUAAUUUAAGACAAUAAAUAAUUAUACAUAUACUACUAUAUCUAAACUUGUUACAGAUUUGUUAAAUUGUCUAAUUCUGUUGACUAUUCUAUUAUUUGUAUUUAUGAUUUAAUUAUGGUACGAAAAAUCAAAUUUUAAAAAUUUAAAGUUAUUAUACACUUUAAUUUAUGAAUAUUUGAAAUAUACCAACC